AUGACUAGUCUCUUCCAGCUGCUUCUCGAUGCCCUUAUCAGUCUUGCUCCUUCCAUCAAGCUUGAAGCUGAAUGGGAAUCUGAUUCUGUGCUUCCUUUCCUUGAUGUAUUUGUCCACCGCUCGGCUACAGGCUUUUUUUUUCCCCGUUUAUCGCAAGCCCUUGAACAGUGGCAGUUGUACUUUAUGGUGUUCUACUAUGACAUGUUGUACUUUAUGGUGUUCUACUAUGACAUGUUGUACUUUAUGGUGUUCUACUAUGACAUGUUGUACUUUAUGGUGUUCUACUAUGACAUGUUGUACUUUAUGGUGUUCUACUAUGACAUGUACUUUAUGGUGUUCUACUAUGACAUGUACUUUAUGGUGUUCUACUAUGACAUGUUGUACUUUAUGGUGUUCUACUAUGACAGUGGGAUUAACUCUAAUUAUUUCCCAGGUGACAAGUCUUUGAGAGCUGUCAGCAGUGAUGUCUUCCUCCGGCGACAAGAGCUGGUCUCGACUGCCAUUAGUGUAGAGGUGAUGGUGGACGCCCUGACCCUGCAAGUCAACGUCGACGGUAAGCAGGUGUUGCGUCAACACAACGUAACUACGAGAGUAUCGCCGACCACCUACGCCACAGCACACCGCGGGGUGCACAUAGUGUGCGUUGACCCACGGCAUGGCACCUCUACCCUUAUCGCCUACUACCGCACCUGGCAGCCUAGGGCCACCAAGGGCCUGGUUGACACACUCACCAGCCUCCAGCCUGGCACUCUGCUCGUUCUGGCCGCACCUGGUGACUGGCGGUUCUUUCUUGAUGAAGAGACCAACAACUUUAUGGAAGAUUUCUUGCGAGGGUGGUGGGUGAGGGACGUGUGUCAUGGAGAGAUGUGGGCGGCUGUAGCUACGGUGGGUGGGCCACUGUGGGGUGAGGCAGCAACCACACUCAGGAUAUACAACUCUAGUUCCUCCUCGCCUCUCUGGCUGACAGUGUCGGUGCCAAGAGACCAGUCGGGACGCUGGUGUGGAUGGUACAACCUGCCAGAGCUGCAGCAACGUGCUGCCUUCUGUCAGAAAUAUGAAGGUUAUGGUGCCUUCUGUCAGUGUCAACACCCAUCCUCUCUCACUCCUCAUCUAGCUCCGGCGCUGCUGCUGAAGGAACCCAUCCCUAUCGUCAUUGUCACCUCACGGCAUCAGUACAAGGUCCUCAGGCAAGUGCAGCAGUUGUGGACACAAGCAGGGGGCGGCAAUACCUCCAUCCUGCUGGCAGUGGAUGGGUACCAGCAGGAAGCAAAAGACUUCGCUAGUGUGCUUGGGCUGCCAGCAGUGUACCAUGACAACCCCGCCCCUCCUGGAGACAUGGUCCGCAUUAAUGAACACAUCAAGUUCGCUAUCUUCCAAGCUUUCAAUUUCUUCCCUUCAGCUGAUAAAAUUAUUAUCCUAGAGGAUGAUCUAAUCCUGGCUCCUGACUUUAUCAGUUAUUUCCAUCAGACAGCACCAUUGCUGGACGCAGAUGAGACCAUCUUCUGUGUGAAUGCCUUUAACUACAAUAGCUUUAAGCCGACAGCUGUGGACACUUCGCGCCUGUACCGUGAGCAGAUACUGCCAGCUUAUGGUUGGAUGGUGAACCGCCGCUGGGCUCGGGAAGUGCUUCCUCUCUGGCCCAAGAGAAGUCACGGUGUGGAUUGGGACUGGUUCCUGCGAGGGUUGGUGCAACACCAGCGGGAUGUUGUGACACCAGAGGUACCACGGACCAUGCAUGAUGGCAGUGGUGGAGUCCAUGUCACUGGCUGGGAGCAGGCAGCUUACUUCGACCGCCGGGCACUUAACACAGAUCCCAAAGCCAAACUAAAUGUUUCAUAUCUGACCGCUGAUUCCUACGAAUUGUUCCUAGAGAAGGAACUCUCAAGAGCCACACUACUGAAGAUACGUGAGCAUCCCUGCAGGAAGGAGUACGUACCCAAGGCCAAGGUUGGUAGCUUCCUCGUCUAUUACCAUGGAGAGACUGAGAAGGACCAUCACCUCUCCUACUUCACUCUUAUUGGGGUCAGUUUCAUACAGCACUGUCUUUGUUACAAAAAUAAAAUCCUGGUUUAGACCAUUACUCGUUACUCUGUUUUCUACUGUAUUCAUUUUUAUUGUGCGUGUCAAAUUUUAAAAAAUGCAUAUUAAACCAUAAUGUUUGGUAAAUACGAUUUUAUAAAUCUAAGUA